UAAUGGAGGCAAUAGAAGACUCUAAAAGCAAACUUUCAAAUACCCAAGGAUCGGAGGAGUCAUGGGAUGAUGAAGAGGUUCAAGAAUUGGUCCAAACCCUCUCCAAAGAGAGAAACUCGUAUGGCAAUCAUCUUUAUUUCUACCAAGGCUUUUGGUGUACAUCUAGGGUGCUUAGAGCCAUGAUUUCUUUCCAAAAGCACUUCCAAGCACUUGAUAAUGAUGUUUUUCUAACUAGUCUCCCGAAAUGUGGCACUACUUGGAUGAAGGCCUUGAUUUUCACAAUUGUGAACCGCAACCAUUUUGAACUUAAAAACAACCCUUUGCUCAGCUUAGGCCCUCACCAAGCUGUACCCUACCUUGAGCUAGAUCUUUACUUGAAAAACCAUUCUCCGGAUCUUGAAAACAUCCCUCAGCCAAGAAUUUUUUCAACCCAUACGCCUUAUGCUUCUUUGCCACCUUCCAUUAAAGAAUGUUCAACUCCUAAAAUUGUGUACAUUUGUAGAAAUCCGAUGGAUAUGUUCAUCUCUUAUUGGCAUUUCACUGAUAAAUUACGAUCUGAAAACGUGGAUCCACUACCAUUAGAUGAAGCUUUCGAGAUGUUUUGUCAAGGAAUCCAUGGCUUUGGACCAUUUCCCGAUCAUGUGUUAGGGUAUUGGAAGGCAAAACAAGAAAAUCCCAAUAAUAUAAUGUUUUUAAAAUAUGAAGAUCUUAAGAAAGACAUUGUUUUUCAUGUGAAAAAGUUGGCCAACUUCUUAGGUUUUCCUUUUUCAAAGGAAGAAGAGAGACAAGGAGAUGCAGAAGAAAUAGCUAUGCUGUGUAAUUUUGAGAACCUGAAAGGGAUGGAGGUUAACAAGAGUGGCAAGCAACCUUUUGGAGCUCCAAACACUGCCUUCUUCAGGAAAGGAGAGGUGGGAGAUUGGAGCAAUUAUCUCACACCUUCUAUGGCAGAGCGCUUGGAGAAGCUUGUUCAAGAAAAGUUAAAUAAGUCUGAUUUAACAUUUAAAUAUUUGUCUUCCAAAUAAUUAUGUGAUCAUUUUGCUUAUUUUAUGCUCUUAUUUAGUGUAUUUGUGCGAGUAGACAUACAUAUAUAAAACUAUCCUUGUUGUUUGCUUUUAAA